AUUUUCCAAUUUCCUCAAUAAGUUUUUAGGUUAUCCAAUCCUCACAAUAGGUACCCACGAUAAUUAUUUACCCAAUGCAAGUGCAUGCCACCUAGGCACUAUUUAAAUUGAAAUUACAAUAUUAAAAUUGAAUUAUUAAAUAAUGGCAGAUACUUCAAAUGAGAAAUUAUCUAAGAACGAAUUAAAGAGACGGUUAAAAGCAGAACAGAAACUUAAAGAAAAAGCUGAAAAAGCAGCUCAGCAGCCGACUACAAAUGUAGAGAAACUCUCCACAAAGAAGGAAGAAGAAAUAAGUCCAAAUGAGUACUAUAAACUUAGAACAGCAGCUGUUGAAGCUCUCAAGAAUGGUGACAAGAAUGAUCAUCCGUACCCUCAUAAAUUUGUAGUUACAAUAUCUUUGGAAGAAUUUAUUGAAAAAUACAAUGACUUGAAUAGUGGAGAUGUUCUUGAAAAUGUUACAGUGUCUAUAGCAGGCAGAAUCCAUUCUAUCAGAGAAUCUGGAGCAAAGCUAAUAUUUUAUGAUCUUAGAGGAGAAGGUGUCAAGCUUCAGGUAAUGGCAAAUGCGAAAAUGUAUGAAUCUGAAGAAAAGUUUGUUGCUGAUACUGACAAGCUUAGAAGAGGAGAUAUAAUUGGAUGUGUGGGACAUCCCGGGAAAACAAAAAAGGGAGAACUAUCAUUAGUUCCUAAGACUAUUAAACUGUUAUCUCCUUGCCUUCAUAUGUUGCCCCACUUACACUUUGGCCUUAAGGAUAAAGAAACAAGAUUCAGAAAAAGAUAUUUGGAUUUGAUUUUAAAUGACAAGGUACGACAAAUAUUUUAUACAAGAGCAAAGAUCAUUGCGUAUGUUAGAAGAUAUUUAGAUAGCCUUGGAUUUUUGGAAGUUGAAACGCCAAUGAUGAACAUGAUAGCUGGUGGUGCCACUGCUAAACCAUUUGUAACUCAUCACAACGAGCUAAAUAUGGACCUUUUCAUGAGAAUAGCGCCGGAAUUGUAUCAUAAGAUGCUGGUUGUAGGGGGGCUGGACAGAGUCUAUGAAAUAGGAAGACAAUUCAGAAAUGAAGGCAUUGAUUUAACCCAUAAUCCUGAAUUCACAACUUGUGAAUUUUAUAUGGCGUAUGCUGACUAUAACGAUUUGAUGUCAAUAACGGAAAGUAUGAUUUCUGGCAUGGUGAAAAGUAUUCAUGGAACUUAUAAGGUAAAAUACCACCCUGAUGGCCCAGAAGGUGAUGAAGUGGAAAUUGAUUUUACUCCACCUUUUGCUCGAAUGCCUAUGAUUACCUCAUUAGAAAAAGUUCUUAAUGUCCAAUUUCCGCCAGCUAAUGAAUUGGAUACUUGCAACAAAUUUUUAAUUGAACUUUGCGAAAAGCACAAUGUUGAAUGUCCUCCUCCAAAAACAACAGCUAGACUUCUGGAUAAAUUAGUGGGCGAAUUUCUUGAAGAGAAGUGCAUAAAUCCUACCUUUAUCAUUGACCAUCCAGAGAUUAUGAGUCCGUUAUCAAAGUACCAUAGGAGCAUUGAAGGAUUGACUGAAAGGUUUGAAUUAUUCGUGAUGAAAAAAGAAAUAUGCAAUGCAUACACAGAAUUGAAUGAUCCAGCUACACAGAGGGAACGAUUUAAGCAACAGGCAAUGAAUCGUGCUGCAGGGGAUGAUGAAACACCACCAACUGACGAAGCAUUCUGUACAGCUCUCGAGUACGGCUUACCACCAACUGGUGGCUGGGGUCUAGGUGUAGAUCGACUUACAAUGUUCUUGACAGAUUCUAAUAAUAUUAAGGAAGUGUUGCUGUUUCCUGCAAUGAAACCAGAUGAUCCGAAUAGAAACCAACAAGAAGAUGAUGUUGCAAAUCCACAAUCACAGAAUGGAGCUUAAUAAUCAUAUUUAUGUAGCUUUAUAAUCUCUUGUUUUUAACUUUUCUCAAAUAAAUUAUUCUCAACAAUG